UGGACAUGAUCAUCAAGAACUUGUUAGAGACUUUAGUCCACGCAAAGAACACUUUCAUCUUGAAGUUUUAAGAUAACGCUUUAUCAUUUGGAAACACUCUCCGCAUACUCUAAAAUUAGUCUUCACAGAAUCUGCCUAUCAUCAUGCCUGAUCAGUCAAAGAAGCCUAAUCAACCAAAGAAGGCUGGAACUGGCAAUAAAGGAGAAGCCUCUCAACCGGUGAAUGGUGAGCCAUCUGGAUCUGGAGGAAAUCCAUCUACGCAGAAUCCACCGGCAAGGACCUAUACGUCGACCACAUCAGGUGGAGGAGGCAACGCUCAAGCAACACCGUACCAAUCAUUCAUGCUGCAGCGAGCCUUGAACGAACCAGCCAGGGAAGGCCACUUCAAUCAUGUUUCUUAUGUGGCGGAGAGACCGCCAGAGGGUCAAAAGGAAGGACAAAAGGAACAAGCUGAGUUGGAGAUUUCCGAUGAUGAAGAUGAAGAGGAGAAUCAGCCAGGCGGCAAAGGCAAAGACGUCAAGAGAUGAUCUGCACAACCAUCACAGACCAGGCGAGAAGUCUUGAUAAAGCCAAGUUGGAG